CACUUCCUGUUCUGAUUGGCCCAACGCUUCACAGACUGUAAACAGUUUCAACGAACAUGGCGAUCCCCGUACAGAGCAUGACAGGGAUAAGUAAUGCUCGUUUGAACGUGGAAAUGAACACAACAAGUUUUCAGAAAAAAUCUAGGAGUAAACUCCUCUCCAUCCCGGGGACCAGACCUUCUUUUCAAAAUGGACAGCUUCUCGUGUCCACUGGAACUACAUCUCUCGAUUAUGUGAUAGGUGGUGGACUGGCUGUUGGUACGCUGAUGCUUAUUGAGGAAGAUGUAUUUGACAGCUAUUCUCAUAUGUUACUGAAGUAUUUCUUGGCAGAAGGCAUUGUUUGUAGUCAUUCAGUUUUAAUUGCCUCUGCUGGGGAGCACCCAGAUGACAUCUUACAGGGACUCCCUGCUCCUGUGCUUGAUGAUGUACCAAAAGAAAUAGGAAAGAUUAACCAAAGAAGAGAAAAUGAUGUUAGUGAAGAAUCACAAGACUCCAUGAAGAUAGCUUGGCGUUAUCAGAACCAACCAAAAGUUCAAACUGUUUUAGCUGCAUCAUCAAGAUUUGGACACUAUUAUGAUGCAUCAAAGCAAAUGAGUGCAGAAACUUUUGAAUCUGCAGAAUAUUACCCAUUCUAUCUUCCUGCUGAGGUGCAUUUAAAAUAUUCGGUGUCAAGCAAUAUUCACAUUGGCUAUAUCAAGCUACUUCGAUUUAUCCAGGGAGUCAUCCACAAGGAAGGAUUUGACAGAGCUUGUCCCCAGAGUAAAACAAGAAAUAUCCUAAGGAUUGGAAUUCAUUCACUAGGAUCAGUACUUUGGGGUGAUGACAUCUGCUGUAAAGAUGACCCACUUUAUGUUUACAGUUUGACAAAAUUUCUUUAUGGGCUUCGUGGUUUGCUCAGAACAUCACUUUCUGUCUGCAUGGUCACAGUGCCUUCUCAUCUUAUUCAGAACAAAACAAUUAUGGGACGUGUAACAAACUUGUGUGAUACUGUCAUUGGUAUUAAAUCAUUUAAUGGUUCAGAGAAAGAUGCCAACGAUUUAUAUAAGGACUAUCAUGGUUUGGUAUGUGUGAAGAAGAUUCCUUGUCUCAAUAGUUUAAUAUGUGAACUUCCUGAUUCAAGAGAUCUUGCCUUUAAACUGAAAAGAAAGCAGUUCACUAUUGAGAGACUGCAUUUGCCUCCAGACUUGUCAGACACAGUGAGCCGGUUGAACAAACAGGAUCUGGCAGAAUCCUCCAAACUGCUGAGAAUGGGAUGUGGCGCUGCGGCCACAGGCAAGAAACACCUGGACUUCUAGGGAGUUUCUGUUAACCAUUUCACUUGCAAUUUGAAUGACAGUCUAAUUAUGGCUACUGAUUUCAUUUACAGAGUAUAUCAUAUGAGUCAGUGUUCCAAUGUAACUAGAACAAGUAUCAAGCUGUUGUUCUAAAAUAAAAAUUGUUUGUGGUUUAUUUAGCAUUUUA